GACAACCUUGUGAAGAGUGUUGCUGCGUGUGCAGGUUCAGGAUCAUCAGUGCUACGUGGAAAUAGCGCUGACUUGUGGCUAACUGGGGAAAUGUCUCAUCAUGAAGUUUUGGAUGCCAUUCAUCAAGGAACCACAGUGAUACUCACAGAUCAUUCCAAUAGUGAGCGCAACUUCCUCAAGACCCUCCAACCUCGUCUUUAUAGUGCCCUUGAUCAGAAAGUUCAGGUUCUCAUUUCAGAGAAAGAUAGAGAUCCACUAGAAGUUGUCUAGAUAGUCAUUUGAUUUGUUACACAGAUAUGUGCCCUGGAUCAGUUUUUGUUCUUGAAUAAUGAUUUUAGUUAAGAAAUUCAUUUGUAUCUCAAUGUUUUAACAGGCAAUAGAGUUUCAGAAUCCUGCUCAUCAGCAUACUGCAGACUGGUAUAUUUUAAAACAAUGGUGACACAUUCAACAAUACACUCCAUGUUUUGUUUGUUAUUGGCAAUACAUUGAAGGUACUGAUGGCAUUCCUUGUAAACUGUGUGGCUAUUUAAAGUCUCAUACAUUAUAUCAUUACAUUAUGGAAGGUAACUUUAUCAGUAUUUAGGGGUGAUGGCAUUACUGAUAUUACAGAGAUGGUUUGUUAUUUAAUAAAUAAAAAUAUGGUUAAGAAUGUAAUGAAAAAAAUCUGUAAGUUUAACAUAAGAUUGUAGAUUAUAUGCAUAU